CAAUUUUUGACCAAGGAAAUUUUAAUUCCAAUGUGACAUUUAUAUGCCAUUAAACAUUUUUAAAAUUUUAGAAAGAAAAAAAAACUUGGAAUAAUGCAAUAAAGAUUUUGGUAAUCUCUAUCUAAAAAGGAAGAAAAAAAAGGUUUUUGGUCAUCUAGUAACAAAAUAUAGAAAAAGCCAACACGAAAGAAAGUAGAGAAAAAGAAAAAAGCUUGGCUUGGCAGGACUCUAGAGAAAUGGGCAAGUGAAGGUAACUGUGAAACUAAUCAAAGGUCUGCAACCUGAGACCAAAAAAAAAAAAAAACUUGUUCCAAAAAGUUCAAAGCCUGGGUUUUCAUUUCAUCCCAUUCCCUCUUUCUGCCCACGGUUUUCUUGUCACUACUUAACUGGUAAUGUAGUGUUGCUUACCCCACAACCAUGAUAUUUCUUCCUUCCUUUACAUGGAUUCCAGUGACUGUGAACCCCAUUUGCUGAGAUCUCUCUUAGUCUUCAAGAACACCAUCAACCAAGAGUUGAUCAGGAGCUUGCAUGUGUACCGAUUAGAUGAGGGGAAGGAAAAUGAGGUUGAGAGGGAGUUCGUGUUGUCCGCCAGUGAGCCAUAUGUGGAGUUACCAGCUGACCCGCUUCUUAGAUUGAUGAAAUUUCCAGUUUCCCAAGUGCACGAAGGACAUGUCAAUGGUUGUUGGGUUUGCAUAUUUGCAUUUCAGGCCAAUUUUCCUCCUAAUUUUACAUGCAUUCCUUCCAUACUUUCAGUCUCCAGAAAUCGGAAGUUGAAGUCGAUUCCAGCUUUGGCUAAUGAUCUUCAGAUGAUUUUCGAGUUGAGCAACAAAAAACCAUUGCAAAGGUCAGGGGAGGAAACAUGCCAAGGGAGUAAUGACAAUAACCAUCAACUAAUAAGAAGUUCGCCCAUACUUGAUCUGGAUCUUAACAGUCUUCCAUGUCCUGUCCCAAUGUCCGAAUCGUCUGAGGAUCAAGAAAUUGGAAGAAGUUUACCAGGUAUUAUGGAGAAGAAGAAGAAAAGGGCACCAAGUGAACAUGUAGCGAAUAUCGCUUUAUCAGAUCUGGCCAAGUAUUUUGAUCUCCCAAUUGUGGAAGCUUCGAGAAAUCUGAAUGUUGGACUUACAGUACUUAAAAAGAAAUGUAGAGAAUUUGGUAUUCCUCGGUGGCCACAUAGGAAAAUUAAAUCGCUUGAUGGUCUCAUUCGUGAUCUUCAGGAAGAGACAGAGAUUCAACAGCAGGAAAACCAGGCUGCAGCCUUGGCUGUUGCAAAGAGGCAAAGGAUGUUGGAGAAUGAAAAAGAAAGUAUAGAGAGGAAACCCUUCUUGGAGAUGAAGACCGAGACCAAGAAGUUCAGGCAAGAUGUUUUCAAGAGAAGGCAUAGAGCUAGACUUCUCAGAAGCCAGGGCCUAUCGAACUCUGACAAUUAGAACAUCUGUAUAAAUAUUAGGAGAGCUUUUGAACUCAUUUCCAAAUGGUAAAAACAUCACUUUUGAAAUUCUUGCAUUGGUGUUCAAGGCCUUGAACCUCUCUUCUUUAGUUUCUGAUAUUUACUUUUUGGUAAACCAAUGGAUUUUUUCUGCAGUUUCUUACAUUUAUUAGUAUUGUAUUGUGUUUCCAUGACAGUUUCAUGGCAUUUCCAUUUCAGUUUUUUUUAGCUCAUUGUAUCUUCGAGUCAACGAAUUUCUUGUUUGA